GAGAUUGAGGUUUCAAAGAUUUAAUAGAUGAAUGAGUUAACCCAUCGUGGCAUCAUAAGUUCAGUCGCCCAAAACUGGAAGGGCUAUUCAGUUCCCACUCUUCAGGCGUCCUUUACACCAUCCCAGAACCAGAGCAUUGAAUCCAACUCUGCUUAUGCAGCCUCACUACGAUAUGGCCAACACCUUUUAUGAGGAACUCACACUUGACGCUUAUAACUCAUCCACUUUAAGCCCAAACCAUAGUGGUCACCAAUUCCAUCUUCAACACUUCUAUCCACAAUUUCACCACAACCCACGACACAAACAGCGACAUACGCAACAAUCUCAAGAGUAUCAACAUUCUUAUCAAUUGUGCCAACAACACCCAAAUCAAUUUCAACCUUCACAGCAACACGAACAACCCCAAUAUCUUGGAGCAUUUGAUUAUCACCAGCCCCAAGAAGAAUCCACAACCACAGUGUCGUUUUGGAAAGCAUUCAACACGGUGCUCUCUGAUGCAAAUGGAAACGUCCAAGAGGUAAACGAAAACUUUGGGGAGCUAGAAGCUGUGUACAUAAAUGCUCGCAAUAAAAAAAAGGCUGAUUCAACUAUUGCCGUUGAAAACACAUGUAAUGUGGCCAAUGUUGGUGUUCCAGUGACAAAUGAGUGUCAAAUGUUAGCGACGGAAGCAACUGGGGUUGAUGGAGUACGAACGAAGAAGGGUAGGAAAAGGAGGAGAAAGAAGAAAGUGGAAGAAGAAAUGGGUUUGAUGGGUUCAUUUUUCAAGAGGUUGGUGAAGCGUGUGAUUAAGCACCAGGAGGUUCUUCAGAACAAGUUUCUGGAUGCUAUCGAAAGAAUGGAGAAAGAGAGAGCAGAAUGGGAAGAAGGUUGGAGGGUCCGAGAAAGGGAAAUUCACGACAGAGAAGCGAUAGUGAAAGCACGAGAGCGAGAUCUGGCUUCUAAGAGAGACUCUUCCAUUGUUUCCAACUUAGAAAAGAUAACGGGUCAAAGCUUCGUUCUUGUUUCUUCUGGGAAGAGUAGUCACGAGCAAUUAUCUACAAUAAAUGAAAAUUGACAUCAACGAUAUGAAAGGUAGACAUUCAUUCUCUGAGUGAUUCAGUAACAUUGUUGAAUGGUGAAUCUUGCAAUUUGAGGUACAAAGAUGGGAUUAGUUCAGUGUUCAGUGAGAUUGUGUUGUACAUGGACAGCGUCCUAUAACAGUUAUGUUAACGGAUCUUUAAGGAGUUCUUUAGGUUAGUUACAGUUCUUCAGCAAUCGGCAUCAUUUUUGGUUUGCUGAUGAAAUUUUUAAUGGUAGAAUUUCACACUGGUUUGUUC